GUCAUGUAUCAACAUGAUGUUGAGUACCGCCCAUUUACACAAAAUCGAAACUUAUAAGCAGAAUUGAUACUUCAACAGCAAUCCUCACAGCAACAGAAAAAGCGAACUCGACCUCUCCACCGCCUUGUAUGAUGGCUGUCCCUCAGCAGUUUUAUAAUCCGGGAAUUCCCUUCACUGGUACCAUUAAUGGUGGUCUCCAGGUGGGCAAAUCCAUCACCAUCAGUGGAUGGGUCCAACCUGGAGCUGACAGGUUCCAUGUGAAUUUACAGUGCGGCUCUAAUACAAAUGCGGACAUUGCGCUCCAUUUCAACCCACGGUAUGACAGUCUUCCUGGCUAUGUUGUUGCCAAUACCUUCCAGCAUGGUCGUUGGGGUACAGAAGAAAGAAAGCAAAACUUUCCUUUACCCACUGGCUCUGUCUUCAACCUGCUCAUCACAGUCACCAGCAAUUCUUACCAGAUGAACAUCAAUGGCACUCACUUCAUGGAGUAUAAACAUCGUAUUUCAUUUUUCCAAGUGAAUACCAUCGCAAUUGAUGGAAAAGUGGACAUUUCCUCCAUAACCUUCAGUAACCCAAUGUUCGCUGGACAGCCAGCAUUUCCUGCCCAGCCCAGAUUUCCUCCUCAACCCACUUUUCCUUCACAUGUAACAUAUCCAAACCAGGCAGGAUUUCCACCUUGUCCAGGAUUCCCCCCGCUACCUGGAUUUCCAUCACAACCAAGAUUUCGUGUUCCAUACAAGGCCAUCAUCAGUGGAAGAUAUAAGAUGGGACGACUCAUUACUAUCCUAGGAACUGUUUGCCCUAACGCCACAAGAUUCAGUGUUAACCUGAACCAUCCCUUUGGCAUUGCUCUACAUUAUAAUCCACGUUUCAAUGAGAACGUUGUGGUUCGAAACACCAAACACGGGGAAAACUGGGACUCAGAGGAACGUGAUGGUCCAAUGCCCUUUCACAAGGGACAGCCUUUCACGCUAACCAUCUGUUGUAAGAAGGAUUCCUUCAGGAUCUUGGCGAACGGAAUGCCAGCUCACACCUACAGGCAUCGUUUCACUCACCUGCAGCUCAUUUCAGAGUUGGAGAUCGACGGUGACAUCAGCAUCACCUCAGUUAAGGUGUAGGGAGAUUCAGGAAAAGCGGUCCCACAUCCCCAGCGAUACCCUCAACUAUCAUUUAUUGUUCUCAUUUAUUAUUAUAAUAUACACAAUUAACACGGAUCAUAUCAUACACUGUACUAUAUCAUAACAUUGAGUCAAAUAUGUUUGCUAAAUAACAAAAAGUACAAGUUUAUUGAUCUCUGUUGUGACUUGAAGCUAAAAAAGUAAAAUAAGUUGAUUUUUCAAUAGUUUCACUGUUAAGCUAAGUCCAUUAGGGACGGUGACUUGUUCCUAUUGUUUACCAAUUCAUUUGUACAAUCAUUCAUUUGUGACAAAUGACGUGUCAGGAAUGGCACUCCAUGUUUCAAAAACAAGUUUGGGGGAGUUUCUCCAUAUCACUCCAUUUGUGCUCUUUAACGGGCGACUUCUUCAAUAUCCGCUGUCAGUGAUUUGAACUUGUUUACUCAUAAAUCUUUAUCCGCUAUGUCGGCCAGUUCAAUUUCUAGAUAAGGCUUACUUACUCUGGUGAAUGCAACUGUGUUCAGCAGGGAUGGGUCAAUGUCCAGGGGUGUGACAGGGAAAGACCAUAUAGAUAAGCCAGCGUCGUUGGCGAUGAAUGCAAAUAAAUAAAUCCACGCUGAAUUAAACUCUCUAUUUUCUUCCGAAA